AUGAUUGCAAUUUGGGCUACUUAUCAAUACUUGGUGGAGCUAGUCGUGAGCUACUUGGUUCAUUUUCUUUGUGAAUUUUAUUAUUUUGGCUUAGCAUUUGCUGGAGAAAUCUCACAUGCCCUUGAAGAGUUUUCGCAUUUUCUUAGGCCUAACAUCAGUAAUGUUGGGACCGGAGAGGAAACAAUACCUAAAACACAAAGAGAAAGCAAGGUUGAUGAUCAUUUGCCUACUAUUGUUUGGGUUCAUGGGUUUUUUGGAUUUGGGCCGUUUGACAAAAGGAGAUUAGGUUCUCUAUCAAACUUUGCUGGGGCAGAGAACGAAGAUCAAAGGGUUCUUGUCCCUUAUUUGGGGUCUUUACCCAGUGUUUAUGAUAGAGCACGGGAAUUGUUCUAUUAUUUAAAAGGUGGCCAAGUUGAUUAUGGUGAAGAACACAGCAAAACUUGCGGGCACUCGCAGUUUGGACGAAUCUACAAAAGAGGGCACUACCCAGACUGGGACGAGGAACAUCCUAUUCACUUUGUUGGGCAUUCAGGUGGAGCACAAGUUGUGCGUGUCUUGCAACAAAUGCUUGCUGAUAAGGCAUUUAAGGGGUAUGGAAACACCUCUGAGAACUGGGUAUUAAGCAUCACUUCACUAUCAGGAACGUUUAAUGGGACCACCAGAACUUACAUUGAUGGCAUGGAGCCUGGAGAUGGUAGAUCAUUGAAACCUAUUUGCAUGCUACAACUCUUUCGCAUUGCGGUGAUAAUUUAUGAUUGGUUAGACAUUUGGAUGCUAAAGAAACGCUACAAUUUUGGGUUGGAUCACUUUGACUUGUCAUGGAGAAAGAAGGGCUUUAACAUGUCGUGGAAGAAGGCAGGGAUAUCCGGCCUUGUUGACUGCCUCCUGGGGAAUGCUGGUCCAUUUGCUUCAGGGGAUUGGAUCCUCCCUGACCUCACAAUUCAAGGGUGUAUAAGACUGAACAAACAUAUACGGACAUUCCCAAAUACAUACUACAUGAGCUACGCUACAAAGCGUACGUGGAAGCUGAUGGGUUUCACAAUUCAUUCAAGCAUGGUCAAGAUUACGCCAUUGCUUUUCUUGAGGGUCUUGCAGAUGGCUCAGUGGUGUUAUCCUUCACACUUGACUCCACCUUAUAAAGGCUACAGGGAUGGUGAUUGGCAGGAGAAUGAUGGAGCAGUAAACACAAUAUCAAUGACACAUCCUCGUUUCCCAAUUGAACAUCCCAAUUGCUUCCUUCAAAACGAUUCUUCACUCAUCAAACCAGGCAUCUGGUACUAUAAGGUUGUGGAGGGUGAUCAUAUACCGUUCAUCGUGAAUCGUAAGAGAGCAAAACCACCCUUUGAUGUAAUAUUUGAUACUAUUUUCGAUUGUUGUAGGAAAAUGCAUAUACAUAGGAACAAAUAAUGACAAGUCCUUUACUAACUUAUUCGAUCACUUUAUAUACUAUCAUCACUA